ACCUUGCUCACACACACAGCCGGGAGUUGUGUGCAGAGGAACAAGAUAUUUUACAGCUCUGCAGAAAUUGUUGGAGACACUUGAAGGCUGUUUUGAUAUCAGUCCAGAAACCGGACACAUAGACCCAAUCAUCAUCGAGCGUUACAACACCCCAGGCUUUGUGGGGUGUCUGUCGCGAGUACAGUUCAACGGAGUCGCCCCCCUCAAAUCUGCGCUGAGAACCACCACGCAGGCCAAGGCCACACCGACAGCCAGUCAGCCAGACAGACAACCCGCAGCCGCCUUGCCGGUGUCUUACCAGGGGAAACUGGUGGAGUCCAACUGUGGGGCGUCACCUCUCACCAUACCACCAAUGUCUGCUGCAACAGAUCCCUGGCGUCUGGACAACACAGAUGCAGAGUUCCCCUUCAAUGAGGAGAGAGUGAUUCCUGAUGGAGUCAACAGAGACUCAGCCAUCAUUGGAGGUAUCAUUGCAGUGGUGAUCUUCACCAUCUUGUGUACUCUGGUGUUCCUGAUCCGCUACAUGUUCCGUCACAAAGGCACCUAUCACACCAACGAAGCCAAGAGCAGCGGGGAGUCUGCCGGAGAAUCAGCAGACACGGCCAUCAUCGGCACCGACAACCCUGAAACCAUCGACGAAUCAAAGAAGGAAUGGUUCAUCUAACAGGCAAUGAUGGGACUUUGAGAGAGGAAGUGAUUCGUCAGACCACGAGUUGCCACAGAGAUGGAGGAGGUUUAAUUCAAUGACCAAUCACGGUAGAAAUGAAGUAAAGGCCUUUCAAUAGGACAAUAAUCUCUCAGAGAGGGUGGGAAAGACGUGUACAGAAAUCUUUUUCGUUUGUUUGUUUGUUUUGUUUUUUUAUAUAUCCAGAGUAUUAGAAAGAGAAGAGGGACAGUUAUGCAGCGGAGCACAGCUGUAAGAGACUGUACAUGUAUAUACUAACCGGCUUGUCCUUCUUUGUAUCGUGCUUGGGAGUUUUCAGGAGUCCUUUGAAUACUGUAUAUGACAAAUAAUUAUACUUACUGGGUGGUGUUAUAGCACAGAUUUAUUGCCAGUCUCUGUUGCAUUUUGAUUUUAUUUUUUAACAAAAAUCUUAUAUCAAAAAUGAUCAAAUCAACAUGCCAAACCCUUUUUGUUUUUCAUUUAUCAGGCUGCGGUUGCACCAGUCUGUCAACGCUCAUAUACGUCAAAUGACAUGCCACCUAUAUUGUGGUAAUAUAGAGUUGCAUAUGGAUGCCAAAAGUCACUUUGUAAAUACAAUAUUUUUGUGUUAUUUUAUUUCUUUUUCUCAAAAGAUUUAUUGAGAGUCCAAUACAUACAGUAAACACUAAUGAGAAAUUUCAGAUCUAUAUUACAAUCAUAUCAUAGUCUGUCCAUUACAUUAUAUACGUAUGAAAUAUAGAGUUUUUUGUUUAAAUCUUAUGACAUUCGAUUGUAAGGGACAUUCCUUUCUGAGGAAGAACAGAAAGGGGUUUCUCAAAGCAUGAUGGGAAAUCAUGACACUCCAUGGUUGGUUUAGCUCAGCACGGCAACUUUGGAAUGGGUGAAACCGUCAGCCUUUACUCAUUCAUACUUGAGCAAUUGGUUUGUUUUCUUUGCCAAACACUUAAGUCUUACGUCAUUAACCGAUCGGCUGAGAUAUUUUCAUUGUUUGACUUUGACUUUAGGAGUUUUCUCAAUAUUUGUACAUCUUAGUCUGACAUUGGGCUGCGGGUUUACAGUGUGUGCAUGCAGCUGUGCGUAUAUGUGUAGGUCAGAUUAUUAGAAUUGGUUAUAUUGGACAAAAAGAGUGCCAGAUAAGAUAGUUAGGACAGUCACAUGGAUGAGAUCGAAGAACUUGUCCAACACUUAAUGAGUUGUAUUGAUGCACUAAACUCUAUACAUUAAGUGGUCAAAGCGGCAUAAAACAAAACAAAAAAACACUGACAUCUAAUAUUUGUUCAAGAUCUGGGAGAAGUUAAGAUGAUAAUUGGCUUACUAAUCCAUUGUGCCUUCUAGGUGUUGAGCCAUGUCACCUUGCCCCAGACUGCUUAACACAAACUUACUACAAAAACAUGACUGCUGCUGCAUGAAGUCAAAAAUUCUGAAUGAAAAAAUCCAGCAAAUGUAGAGGAUUUUCUCAUGUCCUAAAACGGUCUGACUUUUUUAAGCAUAGCUGUGUGGGUUCUUAUGCAGCAGGAGCAGCUACAUUGAUGUAUAGAAGCGCUGCACCCUAUACAGUACGCGAGAGGUUUACACCUACGCUCUGUGACGCACACACACACGCUAACAUGCAUGAUAGAGCAUGAGUCAAGGUUGUUGAGGCUGCUGCUUUGUCAACACUGAGUUGAGCUUCACUGUAACAGUGCCACUGUUGUCCAACAUACAUUCAAAAGAUGUACAAUGUAUAUUUUAUAACCAUGUUUUUUUUUUCCUAUCAUUGUUGCAUAUGUUUACCUUACCGUAGCAUUUACAGAACAAACGUGUUCCAGUUGAAACCAGCUGCCAACUUUAUUUUGUUGUGAAUUUGCUUUUUGUGUGUCUGUUUGGUGAAAAUGCUGCCAUGUCACCCUGUUUGUGCAUCAUCGUCGCCUCAUGGUUGAGUGCUAACUGUAGAUCAUAUCUGAGACAUUAGGACAGCUGGUGAACUCAGCCUGCCUUCUACUGCAGCCUCAAAGAAGACUUUCUCUGUCCACACAUCACAUCCAUGAAGGCAAAUGAGUAACUUUCCUUUUUUUUUUUUAUUAUAUUACUCAGACUAUACAUAAUCACGCACACAUGCCCUUGACACAGUAUGUGGUUUGAACAUAAUGGAUGGUAUUGGAUUAUCAGCUCCUACAGACAAGACCAUAACCCAUAUGUUUUGCUUUCAGUUCUACUGAGUUCAAUAA